AUGGUUAAAAUCAACGACAGCACAGCCUCUGUAAGCAUAACCUGGACCCCGACCGCUGCACAGCUCGCCCAGGCCUUGGUUUGUUAUCAAGCCUUUGGUAGCAAUAGAUGCCCUGGACCAUUCCUAUGUGACAAACUUACAGAAGGGUCUCCUGUUGACGGCGGAUGGUGCACGUACAGCGAUUGGACUGAUUGCUCAGUGACGUGUGAAAACGGCACACAGACACGCUCUAGGGAGUGCACGUGUCCUGAACCCACCUACGGUGGCGCCACCUGUGUGGGUGCAGAAACCGAGACUCAGUCUUGUAGUGGUCCCCCUUGCCCAGUUGACGGCGGAUGGUGCACGUACAGCGAUUGGACUGAUUGCUCAGUGACUUGUGAAAAUGGUACAAAGACACACUCUAGGGAGUGCAAAUGUCCUGAACCCGCCUACGGUGGCGCCACCUGUGUGGGUGCAGAAACCGAGAAACAGUCUUGUAGUGGUCCCCCUUGCCCAGUUGACGGCGGCUGGUGCACGUACAGCGAUUGGACUGAUUGCUCAGUAACGUGUGGAAAUGGUGCAAACACACGCUCUAGGGAGUGCAAGUGUCCUGAACCCGCCUACGGUGGCGCCACCUGUGUGGGUGCAGAAACCGAGACUCAGUCUUGUAGUGGCCCCCCUUGCCCAGGUAACGACACCCCUCUCUCUUUCUCUCUCUCUCCGUACAGUGAUUGGAGUGAUUGCUCAGUAACGUGUGGAAAUAGUACACAGACGCGCUCUAGGGAGUGCAAAUGUCCUGAACCCGCUUACGGUGGCGCCACCUGUGUGGGUGCAGAAACCGAGACUCAGUAUUGUAGUGGCCCCCCUUGCUCAGUUGACGGCGGAUGGUGCACGUACAGUGAUUGGAGUGAUUGCUCAGUAACGUGUGGAAAUGGUACACAGACGCGCUCUAGGGAGUGCAAAUGUCCUGAACCCGCCUACGGUGGCGCCACCUGUGUGGGUGCAGAAACCGAGACUCAGUAUUGUAGUGGCCCCCCUUGCCCAGUUAUAUUGCAUUCCAGUUGA